AUGUAUCUACAUUUACUUCUUCUUUUCUUCUUCUUCUUCUUCUUCUUCUUCUUCUUCUUCUCAGGUGCCUUUUCUUCCUUAUCUACAAGUCAGUGCCUUCAUUCAUUCAUUCAUUCAUUCUUCUUCUUCUUUAUUCAUUCAUUCUUCUUCUCCUUCUUCUUCUUCUUCUUCUUCUUUAUUCAUUCAUUCUUCUUCUCCUUCUUCUUCUUCUUCUUCUUCUUCCAUCUCAAUGUUUUUUUUCAUUCAUUCAUUUUUAUUCUUAUUUUUUUUUUCUUUUCUUCUUCUUCCAUUGCCUUUUCUUCAUUCAUUCAUUCAUUCAUUCUUCUUCUUUUUUUCUUUUCUUCUUUUCUUCUUCUUUCUUCUUCCCAGGUUCCUUUUUUUCUUUAUCUACCUUCAUUCCUUCAUUCAUCAUUUUUUAUUUUUAUUUUUUUUUUUCAGGUUCCUUUUCUUCUUUAUUCAUUCUUCAUUCAUUCAUUCAUUCUUCUUCUUCUUCUUCUUCUUCUUCUUCUUCUUCUUCUUCUUCCCAGGUGCUUUUUCUUCGUUGCCUACAAGUAUGCACCUUCCUUUAUUCAUUCAUUCAUUCAUUUUUAUUUUUUUUCUUCUUUUUUUCUUCUUCUCCAGGUUCCUUUUCUUCUUUAUCUACAAGUCAGCGCCUUCAUUCAUUCAUUUCAUCUUCUUCUUCUUCUUCUUCUUCUUCUUCUUCUUCUUCUUCUUCUUCUUCUUCUUCUUCUAUUUCAUUGCCUAAAUAAACUAUUUCUCCUUCUCUUCUUCCUCUUCAUCAUCAUCAUCAUCAUCAUCUUUAUUGUGUUUUCUACAUAUCAUCUCAUUCAUCAUUUUCCUUUCCCUCUUUUUCUUCUUGUUCUUCAACUUCAUUCUCAAUGUCUUUCUCUUCUUUAUUUAUUAUGUCGGCUAAUUCAUUCAUUCGUUCUUCUUCUUCUACUUCUUCUUCUAUUUCUACUUCUUCUUCUUCUUCAAAUUCAUCUGCAAAAUGCCUUUUCUUCUUUAUCUACAUGUCAGCUCAUUAAUGGAUUCAUUCAUUUUUCUCCUUUUUCUUCUUUUUUUCCUUCUUCUUUGUUUAAUUAUAUAUUGUAUAUUUCGUCUCCAUAUAAAUACACUUUGUUCAUUCAUUCAUUUCUGACUUUGUACUCUUCUUUCAUUCCUUCCUUCCCCACUUCCUUCCUCCAUUCAUUCAUUCUUUCAAUUACUUUUUUUUCUUCUACAUUUUUUCUCUCCAUCAUUUUACCCCAUCACAUUAUCCUUUCUUUUAAGAACUCCUACCUCCUAAUCUUCCUUGCCUUUCUCUUCCUCAACUUCCUUCGCCUUUUACUCUUUUCCUUCUUUCCUCUCCUCCCCCUCUUCCUCCUGCCCUUUCUCCUCCUUUUAUGCUUCGAUUUCUAA